AAACAGUCAUUCAACAAUUUGAAGCACAACACAAAAGUUCAAGAAAGGAAAACUCUAGACCCCAAAGGGGUCGCUUAUUAAUUAAUACACUUAUUAAUUAAUACAAAACUUAGAAAAAGAAAUAAAAAAACAACAAUACAAUUUGAGUAAAAGUGAAAAAGUGAUAAGUUCGAAGUCUGAGGCAACAAUCUAAAUUUAAAUUGUGAUUGUGAGAAGUAAAAAAAAAAAAAAAAAAAAAAAUAACAUAGUAAACUUUUGGCAGCUACUUGACAAAUUUUACUAGUGAGUUCGCCAGGCUACACAAACACAAUCGAAAUACAGCAGGCAAUGUCAUUAGAGGAUAUUAAAGCAACAUUACGCCGUUUUCCAAAGCUACUUGGGGGUUUUGGCAUAUUGACCACUGCCGGCAUCAUUCUAUACGAGUCACCUCAAAUCCGUAAAUAUUUAUCGCAAUAUGUGGAAAAGAAGCAACAAGAGCCAGACAAGCGUCGCACUGAAUAUAUUUACAUUAAGUAUCAUAUUUAUCGGGAAUCCAUGCGCAAGUUGCAACAGAAACAGGAGGACGAGAAGAAGUGGAUAAGCGUGAUCAUCAAUCCCAUUGGCAAAUGGUGGAAGGCAGCGAAGCAUUCGGUUGCAUGGCGUCUGCUGAACAUUGCUCAAAACGGCAGCCAGGCAGAGCGCUUGAAGGCCGUGCAACAGCUAAUCUGUAUGGAUCACCUGAAGGAUUGGGAUUUCCGGCACUUGGCACAGAUCUGUGAUGCACGUACAUCUGUCUCUCUGGCCCGUUGCGGCGCCGAUAUGCGUUGGUUUAUGCCACUGCCGAGGCGUGGCUGCAUCCGUAAUCCCAAAUUGUUGCUCAGUGACCUGCACAGUAUGCUCGAUCGGUUGCGUCCCAUGUCCUGUGUGGAUCACUUCUUCAGUAAAUACUUUCCCAAUCAGGCUCAUGUGAACGAUGACAGUGAAUUUUUAACACAGGACCAAAUCAUUUCACUUUCCGUGUUGGACACAGAUUUGAUGAAGGAAAUCAUCUCAUUUUUGCAUCACAUCACAAAGGAUACCAAAGUUGCGGCAAAGAUUAUACACGAGGGCGGCCUAAUGCAUUUAAUGGAACUGCGCAAGAUUUUCGCCGAUGACAAUGAAACGCUUUCUACACUGUGCAAAGUUCUAGCUAAUUUAUCCCUAGUUGAAGACGCAGUGGAACAUUUCUUUGUGUCUGGCUGGGUGGGUGCGUUGGCUGAGUGGCAACAGUGCCCCGAUUUGCGUCUACAGGUCAUAUCGGCCAAGACAAUGGCCAAUCUGGAUCACGAUGAUCCCAAUCAGUUCACAUACCCGCCCAAUGUAUAUCCAUUGCAUCCGCGCGUGCGCACACGACGCAAGCCCAAGGCGGAUAUUGUAUUCAUUCAUGGAUUAUUAGGUGGCGUUUUCAUUACGUGGCGUCAACGCGAUCGUAAGCCCACCGAAUUAGGGCUCUAUGGGAAGAACGCCUUUUACACCAGCGAAACAGAUGAUGUAUUUCUUGUGGGCGAACAGAAGAGGAAUGGAAGUAGAUCACAGUACAACAAACAGCAGGGCAGACCUUUAAUACCGGCACAAAUACAGCCCGAUCCAAAUAAGCACAAUCUUAAAACGAAAGAGGCUCUGCUUAAGGCGAGCAAAAAGAAGGUUGAGGAUACACAUUUAAACAUCAGCGAUACGGCUACCAAAGAGUUUAUGGAAACUCUAUGCAGUGAAGCUGAGCUGGAUUCGGACUGGGAAGUGGUGCAUCCGGAUGUACCACUGGAAGCUAACGAGAAUUGUCGUGGCAAUUUUAGUGUCUCAGGCAAUGAAUGGACUAAUCAGGAUAGUAGCGAAGAGUAUACAAAUUGUUGGCCCAUGGAAUGGCUGCCAGAUGAUUAUCCCGAUUCAAGAAUCAUUGGCAUUGACUAUACGUCCGCAGUGACCGAAUGGUCGGCCAACUUUACCAAGUAUUGUCCGUGUGAGAAGGGCCAGGGUCAUAUUGAUGUUCGGGCCAGCUCGCUGUUGGAACGCAUUGCCACCGCCGAUGUGGGCAAUGGACGGCCUGUGGUCUGGAUAGGCCAUUCCAUGGGAGGACUGCUUACUAAGCUAAUAUUGCUAAAAUCUGUGGAUUCUGUGGAAAAGAAUGUGCAACAGCUAGCCAAGAAUACGCAAGCAAUUGUAUUUCUGGGUACUCCGCAUCGCGGCUCACCUAUUGCUAAAUGGAAACAGCAUAUGCAAGUGAUUUUGUCGCCAUCAAUUGAGGUUAAGGAAAUGGAAGAGAAUGCACCAAAAUUGCUGGAGAUGCAUCGUCGGUUCAUGGGUUGUCUGCACACCGUUCUGCGUCACGUGAAUGUCCUUAGUGUGGCCGAAGGAUCGCCCACAAUGUUGACCACAUUUAAGUUCCCGUUGCGCAUUGUCACGGAGGAAUCGUCACGUAUUGAUUUCGGUGAAUUCUUUUUGCUCAAAGAUGAUCAUCUUAGCUUGUCCAAGCCGAUCUAUCGCCAAUCGUUUCUCUAUCAGCGCCUUCUUCACGUCAUAAGCGAGGCCAUCAAACAGAGCUCCGAUCCAAAGGAUACAGAUGAGCAAUCUGUGCCUAAUACUGAUCUGCUCACCAUGAAUAUUAUCGCUGUCGUGCUUAAGGGCGCCAAGGGUCUAUUCGAAAUGCUGCCACGCGUAGCCCUGCGCUUCACAACCUAAAAAGCAAAUCCAAACCGACUCAGUACAUAGCGAAAUAUUCACAUUCACACGCUAAUCACGCUUGUACCUUGAUUAUGCAAUGCAUCCCAGCUAGGAAUUUGUUUGUAGUUUAUCGAAUUCAAUAGUAUUUCUCAUUAGUUCGACUUUAGCACCUGAACGUGUGUUCAUAAUGUGUGUAUAUUUACAUUAAUAUAGGAAACGACUGGAAAAUCUUUAUUUACGAAUAUUAAUUUAUAUCUUAUUAGUUUGCUUAAGGAAAGAAAAUAAAUAAAAUUAUAAAUCAA